AUGGAAAAAAAUCUGAAAAAUAUUCUUGUUGUUUCAUUCGGAUUCUUGCUUCUGUUUACUGCUUAUGGAGGGCUACAGAGCCUGCAGAGCAGCCUCCACUCUGAAGAAGGCCUGGGUGUUGCCUCUCUGAGCGUUGUCUAUGCAGCUCUUAUCCUGUCCUCCAUGUUUCUCCCACCAAUCCUCAUUAAGAAGCUUGGAUGCAAGUGGACCAUUGUGGGCUCCAUGUGCUGCUACAUUACUUUCUCCUUGGGCAACUUCUAUGCCAGCUGGUACACACUGAUCCCCACAUCUAUGAUCUUGGGGCUGGGAGGAGCACCUCUCUGGUCUGCCAAGUGUACAUAUCUCACCAUUGCUGGCAACUCAUAUGCACAGAAAGCAGGGAAAAAUGGAAAAGAUGUUGUCUCCCAGUAUUUUGGAAUCUUCUUUCUGAUAUUUCAGUCCUCUGGAGUCUGGGGAAACCUGAUAUCAUCCCUGGUAUUUGGCCAAACUCCUCACAAAGUGCAAAUCUCAGAAGCAGAUCUGGCAUGCUGUGGAGCAUAUGACUGUACAACAAAUGCUACAAAUAGUACCACUGCUUCAAAAGGACCAAGCAAUACCUUAAUCUACACUCUGCUGGGAAUCUACACAGGUAGUGGGGUACUAGCUGUGUUGCUAGUCACGGUGCUUCUGGAUCAGAUCAGAGCCAACCAAGAAGAGAGUAAAGAAGAGAAGCCACCCUCCUUUUGCUCCACUUUCUUGGCAACAUUUCGGCAGCUUAAAGAUAAACGACAGUGUCUCCUGAUCCCUCUGACUAUGUAUAGUGGGUUUGAACAAGGAUUCCUUGCUGGUGACUAUACCAAGUCUUAUGUGACUUGUGCCCUCGGGAUAAAUUUUGUUGGCUAUGUGAUGAUCUGCUUCUCGGCUGCAAAUUCUCUCUGCUCGAUGUUGUUUGGAAAGAUUUCCCAGUUCACUGGCAGAAAAGUUCUAUUUGCAUUGGGUGCAGUUGUCCACCUUGCCUGUAUAAUAGCACUGCUGCUCUGGAAGCCUUCCCCAAAGCAUCUACCUGUAUUCUUCAUAUUGCCUGCAUUCUGGGGUGUGGCUGAUGCUAUAUGGCAGACACAAACCAAUGCCCUCUAUGGAGUUUUAUUUGAGAAGAACAAGGAGGCUGCAUUUGCUAAUUAUCGCCUAUGGGAAUCGCUGGGAUUUGUCAUAGCCUUUGGCUAUAGCACUUUCUUACAAGUCUACAUCAAGCUGUAUAUCGUACUGGCUGUCCUAGUCAUUGCUAUGAUUACAUAUGAGACAGUUGAGUACCUGGAAUCCAAGAGUUCUCCCGGAAUGCCAAAUAACACAAAUAAGGAGGAGCCAAUCAAAGUUCAGCCAGAUGCUCUGCAAACAAAUUUCUAACCCAACAAGGUAAUCUGUGUAAGACAGGACACUACCCCCAUUCCUUAACCCAGUUUUGUCCAUGUGCUUUCAUUGGCUACAAGGGAAUAGCACUGAUAUCCAUAGGAACACUGUAUGACAGGAUCAGGAUCAAAGAAGGUGUGUUAAAACCCUUAAUAAUGAGGAAGAGUAUAGACAAACAAAUACCCAAAAUUGUACAAUAUGCAAAUAUAUAAGGCCUUGUAGAGUUAAACUUCAUGCUACUAAU